AUGGCUUCGUGUGGCUUCGAUGGGAACGCCGACAUGUAUGGGAUUGGCAUUCGGGUGGGCUUCUACUUGCAGUGGUAUAGCUGUAUACUUGCAUCCUGGGUCUCUCGGGAGGACGUUCCCUCUAUGCGAGUGUCGAAUCUUAUGUUUGUUUCAGCCACCUUUUUGGCUACCAUCAUACAAAGCCUUGAGGGAAAGACGCGACCUGUUGAGAUAUAUAUUUCUUUGUUGCUUACCUUUGGUGGAUAUUUGUACUUGGUCCCGAUGUUCAUUUGGCGAGCACUUACAGGAUGCAGACCGCAGUGGGACCCGACCAGAUAUCCUCGAGUGAGAAUGGGAAGAAUCUUCAGUCUGCUGAAUUUUGGCUUGCUGUUGGCCGUUUCAGGCUUUCAGUUGUGGUUUUGGAUCGUUGGAAUCAAAACACUUAGUGUCGGCGACUGCCCAGAUUUUGGCUUUCUACUCUUGAAAUUUGACUUUGACACUCGAGGGUUUGUCGUCGCGAACAUUGUCAUACACGCCCUCCUACUGGCGUGCUGUCUCGGUGCAGUCGGUCUGAUGGUAGUCAGGCUGUUUGGCAUAUCCCACGAACAUUCUGAAAAGAUCAAGCCCAAUCGAAAGUUUAUUCUGCAAGCCAUCCAUACCGUAUUCAACACCGCAGUAGCAACCGCCGUCACCAUCGCCACCGAAAAAACAAUACAGUGGAAUGGAAUUAGUGGCGUGUCUGAUAUCUCCUCAGCAGGCCAACUGAUUCCUCUAAUUAUUGGCAUUGAGAUGUUCAUCCGUGUGAUAUACACAGCCUGGAAGGGAGAGGAUAAGGGCUCAAACGCUAUCGAUGAUUCGUCCGUCGCCGAGUCACUGACGACUUUCCCGGAUAUCGCCAUCCAAGAACUAGUUUGA